UGAGUGUGCGUUAUUAAGCAAUACUGGCUGUACCUUGUGCAUUUUCAUCAAAUAAAACUCGGAAAAUAUAAUAAUAACAAAAGAAACUCAACGUAACUGAAACAAAAAGCACAAAAUGUCCUCCACGACGUCUCGAGAUCAGCCCAGCACAUCAAAAGAAUCGUUCGAGGACUUCUACACUGAAGUGAAAGAAAUUGAAAAACGCGAUUCAGUACUAACUCCUACUCAACAAAUUGAUCGUUUACUUCGUCCAGGUUCCACAUACUUCAAUCUUAAUCCUUUCGAGGUGCUGCAAAUUGAACCAGAUGUCGAGGUGGCUGACAUAAAAAAACGGUAUCGCACCCUAUCCAUACUAGUACAUCCCGACAAGAAUCAUGAUAAUCAGGAGCGCGCCCAAAUGGCAUUCGACAUCGUUGCACGUUCCUGGAAAAUAUUGGAGAACGACCUAACACGCAAAAAGUGUUUGGAGGUGUACGAGGAAGCCAAGGGACGCACAGAUCAUAUGAUUGCCGAGAAACGUAAAAAGCUCAAAAAGGAGGGCAGAUCAUUUGAGCCCAUACCAGAAGAUGAUCCUGUGAAAUAUAAACAUGCCAUUUAUGUAAUGGUCAUGAAACUGUUUGCCGACAUGGAGCGGCGGCGACAAAAACUCGAUCAGCGCGACCAGGAGGAGCGCAAGCGAAAACGUGAAACUGAAAUCGAGGAAGAGGAGCGCGUCAAAGCGGACCGCGAAUGGCAGCAAAACUUUGAGGAAUCUCGCCAGAGUCGUGUUAACAGCUGGCACGACUUUCAAUCCGGCGCCGGCAAAUCGAAGAAGACCAAGAAACAGAAGCACAUGACUGGCAUGAUGGUGCCGCCAAAGUUUAAGCCGGAAUCCCGAUGAAAUCGGCUAAUGCCCAUGUGGCGUUUGCGUUGUUCUACUUCACACAUAAAUAUUUUUACAUUUUUAUAAGUAUCCCCUGGAAUUGUAAUUGACACGAUGUAUAAUUUGUAGUUUAAGCCAAAAACCAAACUAGCUUUUUUCUUUCAUUUCAUUACAUUUAGCUCGGCGCUUCAUAUUUCCGUGUACAAACUGGCUGUAAAGACGAUAUCACGCUUUAUGGCCGCGGAGGCCUCUUCCAUUUUGGACUGCAAGCCCGGAUUGCCAAUGCGUAUGGCCGCAGUUUUGACAUCGCGUAGUGUUUCAUCCAACUGUUGUAUGCAGCGCACUAUGAUGCCUUCCUGCACCUCGGUCAGCUUCAUGAUCUCGGCAAAGGGCUGCAAAUUAACCAUAAAAAAAAAAACAAUAUAAUUCGAAUUUGAAGAAAGAAUUUA